UCCGCUCUGCAUCUCACUUCCUCGCGCGGAGGCUCCCGUGCUAGGCCAGUCUCAGCGAGUCCUUCCGAGCGUAUGGAGCCGAGCGCGACGCGGCUGUCGGCGGCCACCGAGACGGCAUGAGGGCGGCCGCCUGCCUCGCACUUUCUCGACCGCAGCGCGCCGAGCACCGGACCUCCCCGGCACCGCCACAAAACAACGAACGAGUUUGACUUUUAAAUCGUUUUUCCACCCUCGCACUUGUGAAGGAUUUCUUAUCUAAGAAAAAAAUCAAAAGAAGCACUUUUUGGAGGGAGAGUUUGACUGUGGAAUUAUCGCGUACACUUUGCUGCCUGCACGGAUAAACAUUGGGUGGGCUCCGGGGACGCCAUGCAAUCUUUGGGUGGCACCUGAGCCGGCGCGGGGCCUCGCUUUCCUGUGGCUUCGCCUCACCGGGAUGACGGCAGCAGCGUGGCGUUGGCUGUGGCUGGCAUGCGUCCUACUGGCCGCGUGCGCCACGGCGGCCAGGCUGCCCGUCGCCGAGCCCUCGGAUGCGGUGUCCAGCGAGACGGCCUUCCUGGAGGACUUUGUCCUGGGCGUGGGGGACACCCUGGAAAUGUCAUGUGACCCAGAGGAGGAGUCAGCCCGGCCCGCCGUUUGGUACAAGGACAGCGAGGUGCUGUUGCCUAGCGACCGGAUACGGCCCGGCCCGGGGAUUCUGCGCAUCGUCAACGUGUCCUACGAGGACUCGGGCGUGUACGCCUGCCGACUGACCCGCAACAACAAGCUACUCAGCAACUACACCAUCCGGGUGACAGAUUCACUGUCGUCCGGCGAUGAUGAAGAUUACGAUGAAGAUCCAGAAGAUGCAGAAGCUCCAUACUGGACCAGGCCAGACCGGAUGGACAAGAAGCUGCUGGCGGUGCCAGCGGCCAACACAGUCAAGUUCCGCUGCGCGGCGUCGGGCAACCCCACACCCACCAUUCACUGGCUCAAAAACGGCAAAGAGUUCAAGGGGGAGCAACGCAUGGGCGGCAUCAAGCUGCGGCACCAGCAGUGGAGUUUGGUGAUGGAAAGCGCCGUGCCGUCGGAUCGCGGCAACUACACGUGCGUGGUGCACAACAAGUACGGCACCAUCACGCACACCUACCAGCUGGAUGUGCUCGAGCGCUCGCCGCACAGGCCCAUCCUGCAGGCGGGCUUGCCGGCCAACCAGUCGGUGGUGGUGGGCAGCGACGUGGAGUUCCACUGCAAAGUCUACAGCGACGCCCAGCCGCACAUCCAGUGGCUCAAGCACAUCGAGGUCAACGGCAGCCGCUAUGAUUCCGACGGUGGACCCUACGUCAAAAUCCUCAAGACGGCCGGUAUUAACACCACGGACAACGAGCUGGAGGUGCUCCUGGUGUCCAACGUGUCUUUUGAGGACGCGGGCGAGUACACUUGCCUGGCGGGGAACUCUAUCGGCUUUGCUCACCACACUGCUUGGCUCACGGUGCUCCCAGCAGUGAGUCCAGAGAAGGAGGACUACUACGCCGACAUCCUGAUCUACGUGACAGGCUGCGUGCUCUUCAUCCUGGCCGUGGUCAUUGUGGUCCUGUGCCGCAUGCGCAUGAGCGCCCAGAAGACGCUGCCCGAGCCGCCCGUGCAGAAACUCUCAAAGUUCCCGCUCAAGAGACAGCAGGUGUCCUUGGAUUCCAACUCGUCCAUGAACUCCAACACGCCGCUGGUGAGGAUCGCCCGGCUGUCGUCCAGCGACGGGCCCACGCUGGCCAACGUCUCUGAGCUGGAGCUGCCCUCCGACCCCAAGUGGGAGUUUUCCAGAGCACGGCUGACCCUGGGCAAGCCUCUCGGCGAGGGCUGCUUCGGUCAGGUGGUGAUGGCGAGGCCAUCGGCAAUCGACAAGGAGAAGCCCAACAAGCCGCUGACUGUCGCCGUGAAAAUGUUGAAAGAUGACGCAACAGAUAAAGAUUUGUCCGACCUGGUGUCUGAGAUGGAGAUGAUGAAGAUGAUCGGUAAACACAAAAACAUCAUCAACCUGCUCGGAGCCUGCACGCAAGACGGUCCGCUGUACGUUCUGGUGGAGUACGCCUCCAAAGGCAACCUGAGGGAGUACUUGAGGGCGCGUCGGCCGCCGGGCAUGGACUACUCCUUUGACACCUGCAAAAUCCCCGACGAGCAGCUGACCUUCAAAGACUUGGUGUCCUGCGCCUACCAGGUGGCCCGAGGCAUGGAGUACCUCGCCUCGCAGAAGUGCAUCCACCGCGACCUGGCGGCUAGGAACGUCCUGGUGACUGAGGACAACGUCAUGAGUCGCCGACUUGGGCUGGCCAGAGAUGUGCACAACAUAGACUACUACAAAAAGACCACCCAGGGUCGUCUCCCCGUCAAGUGGAUGGCGCCCGAGGCUCUCUUCGACCGGGUCUACACUCACCAGAGCGAUGUGUGGUCGUACGGCGUCUUGCUGUGGGAGAUUUUCACGCUGGGAGGCUCGCCAUACCCGGGCAUCCCCGUGGAGGAACUCUUCAAGCUGCUCAAGGAGGGCCACCGCAUGGACAAGCCCGCCAACUGCACACACGAGCUGUACAUGAUCAUGCGUGAGUGCUGGCACGCCGUGCCGUCGCAGAGGCCGACGUUCCGCCAGCUGGUGGAAGAUCACGACCGCGUUCUGUCCAUGACGUCCACCGAUGAGUACUUGGACCUGUCGGUUCCGCUGGAGCAGUACUCGCCCGCAUGCCAGGACUCCAACAGCACCUGCUCUUCGGGCGACGACUCGGUGUUCGCCCACGACGCCGCACCCGACGAACCCUGUCUUCCCAAGCAGCUUCCCUCCACCAACAACGCUCAGACAUGAAACCUCAGCUGGAGCAGUGAGGGAUGGGGGGGUACCCGGUGUGCCCCGGUGUACGUGAGUAACGCCCCCCCCCCCCCCCCCCCCUUCCUGAUAAUCACCUCACCUCGCGCAGCCAGAUGUGCCUCGGGAAACUUUGAAGGACUUUUUUAUCACAAAGUUUAUUUUUGUACACAGCCAGUCUUUUGUUACGGACAAUUUGCGGGAUGGGAGAAAGGGGGGCGGGGCAACCAAUCUGUGCCUACCAGGAUGGAAGCUCCUGGAUCGGAGAACUCUUCCAAAGGUUGGACUCGACGUUCUUCUAAAGUCCUCCGACAAGGCGGCUUCACUGACGAGUUCGUUGUAAAUACACACAUGCAAAGAGGAGUUAGAUUGUCACAAAAAAAGCCUUUUGGAGAAGACACUGUCAUCACACAAAUGGUUGAAGUUUAUGAAAUAAUUAAGUUGUAUAUUUGUAAAGAUAUUUAUGGAUGGACAGGCGGUUGGGCUGAAAGGGGUGCGCCAAAAGCAACAUUUGCUUUCACUUUUAUCACUUACUUCAAAGUCAUCCAUCACUUGGGUUGAAGGACACACUGGCAAAAAAAAAAAAAGUCGUUUACUCGAAAAGAAAUGUUGGAAAGGCUCGAGAAAGAAAUUCAGAGUAGUUACGUUUCAAGGGGGAAAAGUCCAAAGAUUGCAAGAAUAAAUAAAGAAAAAAGUCUCAAAGGUACUAGAAUUUAUUUUUUACAUUCUUUUAAAAGAAAAACACAUGGCAGUGCGAUAAGGAUAAACAUUAGCGGAGCAAACUAUUUUCCAAACAUUAUUCCGAUUUUAUUCUCACAAUUUUCGGACUUUUACUUGGAACUUAACCAAUUUUUCUUGUAACGUUGCACCUUUUUCCCAGCCCUUAUUAUUCUACUUGUGUUUGGAUUUUUACUUUCCAGUGUGUCACAGCUCCUCCCCAUUUUUAGCCGUUAGCGUCUCGCUCGUGUGUUCACCAUUUUUUUAAUUUUUUGAAGAAGCGGAGAAACUCCUGCUGGGUUGUGGCUUGCGAAGACGACGUUCACGUCUUGCUGGCCAAGAGGCGUUGAGCACGCUUGAGGGGGGGAAAGAAAAGAAAACUCCAAGUCCCAUCAUGCUUUGCACCACAAUGGAUAAGCAACUCGACAAGUGGAAGGAAAAAGCAAUAUUUGUGUGCGGUGUGUGUGAACGUUGCUCUUCAGUGUUAAACGUGACAUGAAGUCAUGCUGAGUGUGCACAGCCAAAAGUGGGGGAAAAAAAAGAUUUUAUUGACUUUUUUUCGUUCUGUACUGUAUAUGUGCUGAAUUGUUCAUCAAAGUGCCAAAUGAAGUCUUAAACGUGAGUUGCCCAAAGCACGCUGUCAUGCGGCAGCAAAGCAUUUUUGGGAUGCACGCUUUUGAGAACAAGCAAAAAAAAAAAAAAAAUACGUUUUUAAAACAUUGCAUAACAUUUGCAGCGUUUCAGAAAUGAUUCCUUAGCUUGCUGCUACUGGGGGAAAAAAUCAUCCCCACAAUACCGUAUGAGUACUUAAUCUUUUGUCCCCUUUUAGUGCUUAAUUCUGCUGUGUGGUGAAAAAACACCAAAUAUUUUGCCAAUGGUGAAAAACAGGAUUCAAUCAAGUCUUCCCUAAUUUUUUUUCAACUGUGUGAUAAGAAGCAAAAAUAGAAGGCACUUGUGUAAGAAGUGAAGAAGAUGAAACGGAUGUUUUUAUUAUUUAUUCUUCCAUGCUGUGUCAAAGCUUUCCCUAUGGUGAGAGUCUUUAUUCAAGCUACCUGCGUUUAGUGUUGCUUUUUUUUUUGUCAUUUAUUUGAGAGCCAGAUGAUAGUCCUCACGUAAUGCCGCUCCCUCGCUUUCACGCUAACCUCGUGAGCGGUUUAAGCGUUUUUGCCAUUUUGCAGUGUUAAACACUUAACGCCCAAAAGAAACUUUAACAAAAAUCCAAAACAAAUACUACAUUAUUCAACCUUAGGUUUAAUGCUAACACAAGCAGCUAACAUAUUAGUGUUUGUUUUUGUAAGUUUGUUUGUUUGUUUGUUUGUUUGUUUGUUUGUUUGUUUGUUUGUUUGUUUGUUUGUUUCACGGUAGCGAUGACCUGCCCUUGUACAAAAUAUUUCGGCUAGGAUUUUUUUUUUUUUUACAAAUUUGAAGCCUGAAAUGGUGAUGACAAUUUUUGUAACAACUGAACGCUUGGCGGGCAGCAACUUCUCUCACAUUUGCAUCAAAAACGCUGACAGUGGCGACUCAUCAGCUUUUUCGGUUUUAACUUUUUUUUUUUGUCAGUUUGACUCUCUGAGCUGGAAAUGUUUUGUUUAUUUUUCACACGCAAUGUUUUAUCUUCGGUCAGAUUAAUUUAUAGUUUGGAACGUGCUUGCUGUUGUACAUAAGAGACAUUAGACUUUUUUGUUAGAGUUUUAUUUAGCGAUGCGCGCUAUUUUUGUUUUGCAUUCCACUUUAGAGCGUUUAGCAGCGGGCUUGUACCACGUAAUUUAUUUUUAAUAACAUAGUAAAGUGGAACUAACCAUUUGGCAUUUGUGGCCUCUGACGAUGAUGAUGACGGAUGCUGCGGAACAUUCCGGCACGAGGCGGUGAAAUGUUGUGUGGCCGUGCCUGCCUGACAAAACCAUGUAGCUGUCUGUCAACAAACAGCUUCUCAAUAAACAGCUUAUAUGUUUCAUAAA